CAAGACCGUCUUGUCGCGUCGAUCGCAAUUCCCAUGCCAGCGUCUUCGUGUCAUAAAAAAAAAGAAAGAAAGUGAACGGCCAUUCGCGCUGAUUUUCCCGCAGCCAGGACAGCAUCACUGAUAUAUCCAUCUUCAUCGCCGGCAACGAUCCAGAGAGCUACCUACCUAGUAGCUGGCUGCGAAACCCUCAAAUAACAAGAGAGAGGCUGACCCCGAAUCCCGCGCUCACCACCACCACCACCACCACCACCACUAUCACCACUAUCACCACCACCACCAUCACUCGGGCUUACAGCCAGCCAGCCAGCCAGACAACGAGCAGCGCUGGUCCCGGCAGCCAAAUGGCGCCGCCCUCGAGAAACAACCCGACGACAUGGGGCCACUACGACGGCAUGCCAUCGCCCACCGGCAGCGUCUCGUCGAGCCCCUUCGCAGAAGACCGGCCGCUGCUCGAUGACGCUGAUGACGCUGACCAUGGUGGCGCGCAUCCCGACGGUCGAGACAUUGGCGGCGGCAGACGCCCUGCCGUCAGGUCCUCCGUCACCGACCGUCUCGCCGCCAUGGCAGACGUGGGCGGCGUAAACAGCUUCAAAAACUUUGCCCGCAGCUGGCAGCGCGCCGCGGCCUUUCCCGAGGUCCUCCCUCGCCGCCCGAGCCUCGUCUUUGCCCCCGACCAGCACCAGCAGCACCAGCAGCACAUGGCCGGCGACGACGCCGACUUCUCGACGAGCUACGACGGCCUCGGCGCGGGCGAAGAUGGCGAGGGGAAGCCUCUCGACGAAGAGAUGGGCGGGACCGGCCCUCUCCAAGGCGCGUCCGCCCAGUCCAGCAUCUUUGGCACGUCUCCGUAUCUAUCGACGCCGUCCAUCAUCGGCAGCUACGGCUCGUAUCGCAGCAGCGGCUACGGCACCAUAGGCGGGCCGUCCAUGAUUCGCCGCCGGCCUUCCAUCGUCCGGACGGCGGGCCAGGCCGAGGAGGAGGCGGCCCAGGAGGAAGAGGACGCCGCCUUCGGCGAGGAGCAGCCCAUCCUGGUCAAGGAGGUCAAGCAGGGCAACAAGGUCGUCCUCACCGUCGACGGCCAGAGCACCCUGCCGCAGUCCAUCUUCAACUCCAUCAACGCCCUCAUCGGCAUUGGCCUGCUGAGCCUGCCGCUGGCAUUCAAGAUGAGCGGCUGGAUCCUCGGCCUCAGCAUCCUCACCCUGACGGCCGCCGUCACCUCGCAUACCGCCAACCUGCUGGCCAAGUGCAUGCAGUACGAUGCUAGCCUCAUCACGUACUCGGACCUGGCCUACAUCUCGUUUGGCGCCCGCGCCCGCAUCAUCGUGUCGGCCCUCUUCACCCUCGAGCUCGUCGCCGCCUGCGUGGCUCUCUUCAUCCUGUUUUCCGACUCGCUUGCGCUGCUGCUGCCCGGCAUGGCGAGCGUCGAGGCCUGGAAGUGCAUCUGCGCCGCCAUUGUCCUCGUUCUCAACUCCAUGCCGCUGCGCUGGCUGAGCUACACCAGCGUCAUUGGCAUCUUUUCCACGUUUUGCAUUGUGUGCGUCGUCAUUGCCGAUGGCCUCCUCAAGACGGAUACCCCUGGCUCCUUGUGGGAGCCUGCUGCUACGCACCUUUUGCCCAAGAAUUGGCUGGCGGUGCCCCUGGCAUACGGCCUGAUGCUGAGUCCAUGGGGUGCUCACUCCGUCUUUCCUUCGAUCUAUCGAGAUAUGCGCCAUCCUCAUAAAUGGGGACGAGCUGUCGGCAUCACUUUUUCCUUUUCUUACGUCCUCGACACGUGCCUCGCCAUUGUCGGCAUCCUCAUGUUUGGCGACGGCAUCAGCGACGCCAUCACCUCCAACAUCAUCAAGAGCUCCGGCUUCCCCGAGGGCCUGACCAUCUUCAUGUGCAUCUGCGUCACCAUCAUCCCGCUGACCAAGAUCCCGCUCAACGCCCGGCCGCUCAUCACCACCGCCGACGUCCUCUGCGGCCUGCAUCAUCCCGCCCAUCACCACCAACAUCAUAGUGUUGACCAAGAGCAAGAGCAGUCGUCACCAUCGUCGGCCGCCUUUUUCCGCUCGUGUCAGCGCCUGCUCGUCCGCGUCGCCGUCGUCGUCGUCCUGCUCUUCAUCUCCAUCGUCUUCCCGGCCUUUGACUCCGUCUGCGCAUUCCUCGGCGCCGCCCUCUGCUCGCUCAUUGCCAUCGUGCUGCCCAUUGCCUUUUACCUCAAGCUCUACGCCAAGGACGUGGCGCCGCGGGAGCGCUUCGUGCUGUGGUGCCUGCUGGUGGUGUUUUCGGUGCUCGGGCUCGUCGGCACGGUGUGGACGUUUUUGCCAAAGGACUUGAUUGGCGUUUGAUGAAGAUGUCGUUCUUCUUUACACUUGCGAAGGGGGGCGGGUUUCUUUCUGCGAUUUCCUUUUAUGACUUUCUUUCCCACCCCCAUCUCGAUCUGAAAUCUUGUUUGUGCUUUAGCUUGACUGGACUUUUAAUCCGGGGCAUUUCUCAUCAUGUGGGUGAUUAUGAAUGUCUUCUUUUUUUCCUAAGAAAUCCGGUAGCUUGAUGGGCGACUUUGAACUGGCAUUUUACGGCGUUUUAUUACCUUUGAAUGGAAAGGAAGGUCUAGGAUCCCUCAUAUAUGGUGCAAUAGCAUGUU